AUGGCGGCGGUGCGGGCGGCGCUGCUCGCCCCGCUGCUGGCGCUCGGCCGGGCCGGGUCGGGGCCCGCCACCCCCGCGCGGGUCGAGGUGGCCGUGUCGGGGCCCGGGGCGGCGGGGCCGGACGGGGACGGGGCCGGCAGCGGGGCCGGCAGCGCGGGCGCGGCGCCCGGCGGCUCGUACACGCUGCGCGGGGCCGUGCUGGGAGCGGGGGGCGGCCGGACCGGGCCGGGCCGGGGCCCGCGGGGGGAGCGGGAGGAGAUGGAGAUCCAAGGCCGCCUGGUGCUGGUGGGUGACGUGGAGCCGGAGCUGGGUGCUGCUGACAGCUGGAUUGGGGUGGUGCCCGUGGGCACCGAGGAGCCAGCCGAGGGCCCCCGGGGUGCCAAGGAGGAGUCCUUCACCACCGCCGUUGUCACCAAGAUGAAGCGAGCUCUUGUGCUGGGGGCCUCCGCCCUGCUCAUCCUGGCGCUGAACCAGAACGCCAUCCGUGAGCUGGAUGUGUCCCAACUGCUCGCCAAGCCCGUCAUCGUCAUCCAGUCCUCGGACAACGUCACCAGGCUGCUGGGAGCGCUGCUGCGUGGGCUCCGGGCUACAGCAAAGAUCACGUACCAGGCAGUGCUGCUGGAGAACCUGGGAGUGACCCUCACGCUGUGGUCCACCUGCGGCCUGUCCCGAGGGGGCCUCUAUGGGGAGUGGCAGGGGGUCAUCUGCCCCGGGGAGAGCAGCUCGCAGGUCCAGAAGUACCUGCAGCAGCUGUGGAACACCAUCCUGCUGAUCGCCCUGCUGCUCUGCACCGGGGUCAUGGUGCAGGCCCAGCGCCAGUCACGGCAGGACCUGUCGGAGCGGGAUGCUGAGCUGGACCUGAAGCAGCACAUCCGGCAGCGGCUGUCGGCGCUGAAAACGCGGCGGUACCACCCCGGGAAGCCGCCGCGGAGCCGGGCCUGCGAGAUCGAUAGCUGUGCUGUGUGCCUGGACCAGUUCCACAAGAGCCAGUGGCUGCGGGUGCUGCCCUGCUCCCACGAGUUCCACCGGGACUGUGUGGAUCCCUGGCUCCUGCUGCAGCAGACCUGCCCUCUCUGCAAGCGCAACAUCCUGGGGAACUGCUGCACGGACAGCUAGCUGGCCCAAGGACACACUCCAGGGACAGACCCACGGCCGCUCCAGGGACAGGGAGGGGGGCAGGGGGUGCCCGGUGAGCAGUGCUUGCUGCUGGAGCAGGGUCAGCGUGGCUGUGCCCGUCACGGUGCCCGGACUUCAGACAGGGAAGGACUUGGGGCUCUCCUUCUGGGUGUGAGUAGAGGGGUGGGGGUCCAGAUGGGCAGUGUUGGGGAGGGAAGAUACGGGGCACCCAUGGGUGUAACAGGAUGGGGGCUGGGGCAGGGAGAACCCUGGUCCUGCUGUGCUCUUGCCCUGUUCACAGCAAUUUUUCUAAGUCUUGGGUUUUUCGUCUAUUUGCUGAUGGCCGUGGCAGGGUGGGCAGAGCCCAGCUGCGGUGCCAGCCCCUCCAGUGAGGUGAGUGAGAGACCUGCCAGGACUGGGGCUGGCAGGGCUGUGGGGUGACCUAAGGCCUCACCGUGGGAGGACAGGGGUCAGACACUUUAUUUAUAAUAACUUAUUAGAAAGGAUGGCACGAGUUGGCUGCAGAGCCAGCACAGGGUUGGCUCACCCAGCACGGUGACGGGGGACGCGCCGCGUCCUGGGUCCUGCCCGGGUCCUGCCCCACGGGCUGCAACGUGGCACGUGUCCAUCCCUAUUAAACGUGGAGCAAGGA